CCAAACGACCCCCGGAACCUCACAUUUUGUUCCAUGCGUAUGACCGAACAAUUAUCUCGAACCCCCUUUUAAACCUGAAAUACCCGGUACCCUUCCCUCACUUCAGUAGGGUCGAUCAGCUCGCAUUACUCACAUGCGCACGAGAUAAAAAGCACCCAAUGGCAGCUGCCGGCGCCCCUGAUGUUGACGACUUUGGGUUGCCCAUUAGAAAAUACGUGAGCCCCGUCGACAAAGAUGACAAAGGCGAACACGAGUCUACGGGAGUUAUGUCUCAGCCCGUCGAGAGCAACACCCCCUCCGAAGGGCCUGAUGUAACUCACAAGGAGUCGGUGCAGACGGAAAGCCUAGAGACACCCAAGAACGGCGCCGAUAGGGAGCCGGUAGAGGAGAAAUCGACAUCAGCGUCGGCGGAUACCGCCACUACACCCAGCGAACCGACCCUCCCGAAAAGCGAUCAAAAAAGUGAACAGGAAAUCCUCCAGAAUGCACCUCCUGCUUCAACCCAAACACCCGUUGCUAUAACCCAGGGCGGUAACUGGGUUGUCUUGAAACAAGCACCCAAAGCUGAAGACCCAGUCGCUGAAGCCAACUCGGCUCAUAGUGUGGAAGUAGACUUUUCAAGUGCUACGAAGCGCAGGAGCACUCUUAGCAAGGAUGCCAAGGCCAUAUCAGGACCGUCUUUAAAAGAGAUACAAGCCAGUAAGCAGGCAUUAGAAGCGGAAGCGGAAGCCGGGAAAGCCUCCCUUUCGAACCAUACCCGGGACGUCAGCGCGGCAAGCAAUCAUGGAGCAUCCGAGUUUUCGCAUCAACAGCUUACGGCUCCAAAGGAAGAAGAUAAUGAUAGUGAUGGCGAAUGGCAGACCAUGCCAGCCUAUGCACCUUAUGAUAUUUACGACGAUGACAACAAGCUGGUAGCAAAGGAACACAAUCCAGAUGAGGAUGAAGCUUACGGAUAUGCCGGUCUCGGCGGCGCGGGUAAAGGAUAUACUCGGGUUAUAGAUGAUGAAGAUGCGGAGUCCGAGACAAGUAUGGAUGAUAAUACACGCUACCUCUUCAAUAAUGUUAAAUCCACGAGUAUGACGGAAAUGGACGAAGAACAGCGUGAUGCCGUCUCCCAGUUACAGGCAACCAAGGACCUCUUGACUGAAGGACAGAGGAUAGCUUACGUUGGUAUUGCCCGUUUGGAGAUGGCUAACAUGGUGAAGGAAGUGGGACAAUUGCAACACCACAAGAGCGUGAAAAAGAAUCUACAUUUAGCUGUCGAAGCUAUGAAAAUGUGGUCACAGAAAAUCAUGGUUCGGCUAUACGCACAUAUGGACAUCAGUUCCCCAGAGCAGAUUAUGAUAGAACAGUUAUCCGAGCAUGGUGUUCAGCCUGCCGAUCUGACUCCCACUCUUAUGCAAAACGCAAGGGUAAAGAACCCCAUGGCAGAAACUACCCCGGUCUCAACACCCAAAAGGUCGGGCAAGAGUACUCCCCGACUAUCCCUCUCCAGCAGUGAUUCUAGUCAGGAAGAAUCAGCAGAACCACCACCACCGUAUGAGAACCACGAGGGCGAGGAGAUGCCAGAAGUUAAGACGCCCUCUCAACUACCUAGUACGGAUAAGAUUGAUAUUGAUCUGCGAUGGACUGUGCUUUGCGACCUCUUUUUGGUCCUGAUAGCUGAUGGGAUAUAUGAUGCGCGAUCGAGGGUGCUUCUAGAGCGAGUAGGCAAAGAUUUAGAGGUUCCUUGGAUAGAUAUAUGCAGGUUUGAGAAGCGCGUAACAGACGCUCUGGAAAUGCAACAACAGGCCGAGCAGGAAAAUUGGAACGAGGAAGAGCAUCUCGAAAACCGAAGGAAGCUGGCUCUUAAGAAGCGCUAUGUAAUGAUGGGGCUGGCGACGGUCGGCGGUGGCCUCGUGAUUGGCCUUUCAGCGGGGCUAUUGGCGCCUCUGAUCGGUGCUGGCCUGGCAGCUGGGUUUACGACGAUCGGUAUUGGCGGGACGAGCUCUUUUCUCGCAGGAGCUGGUGGAGCGGCCAUCAUCACGUCUGGUGCUGCCGCUUCCGGAAGCUUCAUGGGUGGCAAGGCCGCUGAUCGCCGUACAGGCGCCGUAAAGACCUUCGAGUAUCGGCCACUUAACAACAACAAGCGGGUCAACCUCAUUAUAACGAUUUCCGGGUGGCUGACAAGCAAAGUCGACGAUGUUCGUUUGCCAUUCAGUACAGUAGAUCCGAUCAUGGGUGAUUUGUAUUCCAUCUUGUGGGAGCCAGAGUUACUGACGAGUAUGGGUGACACCAUCAACAUUCUAGCAACAGAGGCUCUCACCCAAGGUCUUCAACAAGUACUAGGUAGUACGAUUCUAAUCAGUCUCAUGGCUGCUCUCCAACUACCGGUAGUCUUAUCAAAACUCGCCUACUUGAUUGAUAACCCUUGGGCAGUAUCACUGGACCGAGCGUGGGCUGCCGGCCUCAUCCUUGCGGAUUCUUUGAUAGACAGAAACCUAGGCGCGCGUCCCAUUACUCUUGUAGGGUAUUCCCUUGGCUCACGUGUCAUCUUCUCCUGCCUCCUAGAGCUUGCUAGGAAGGGCGCGCAUGGACUCGUCCAAAAUGUCUACCUUUUUGGAGCACCCAUUGUCGUGAAAAAAGAAGAAUUCCUUAAAGCCAGGUCUGUUGUGGCUGGUCGUUUUGUCAAUGGGUAUAACCGGAACGACUGGAUUCUAGGUUACCUCUUUCGCUUGACAAAUGGGGGCAUUCGACGAGUUGCUGGCCUGGCCACCAUAGACGGGGUACCGGAAGUUGAGAAUUUCGAUUGCACAAGUUUUGUUAACGGCCAUAUGCAAUACCGAACCGCUAUGCCUCGUCUCCUAAGAGAAUGUGGCUGGUCCGUCGAAAGUGACGAAUUCGGAGAAAUCGAGGAUCCCGAUCCAGACCGUCACCGAGAACGGCAAAUCGAACUUAUCAACGAGAUUGAAGAAGCUCGAAAGGAAUUGGAGAAGGAGGGCCAAUCGAAGAAAGGGAAAGGUGGCUGGGGUAUAUUUGGCCGGAAGAAGAAAGCUGAACGUCAGGACUGGGAAAUAUAUGAAGACAGCAAACGGGCAGGCGCAUCCAAAACUGAAAACAUGCCCAAUGAUAACAGCGGCGUGUUGUUUGAUGUUGACGCAAUGCGCGCCGAAUUGGCUCGUGAUGAGGAAUUACAAGUCAAAGAACUGGCAUCCACAUUACCACCGAUGAAGCUUGACCCUUCAUCGUCUGUACAGUCAAGCCCACGAGAUACGCUGCACGAAACUAAAAGCCUCGACAGAGCACCUACAUUACAGUCAAGGGACUACCAUGAGACCUCAUUUCAGCAUGAGCAAGAUGGUGUUCAGUUAACGUUUGAUACGGAAUAUAGAAACCCACCACCUCCUACGAAAGACCACCAUAAUAUCCCCAGUCCGACACGCCCAGAGAUGAAGACAUCACACACAACACCUAACUUGGCCCUAGAAGACCCAUGGGCAGAUGAAGACUUCGGCAAGGAGAAAGAGGUUUCAUUGACAUUUGCAUGAUGAACUCUUCGACCCUACUAAAUCGUCCCGUCUUGGCUUGAAUAGGUAUAUUAUAUAGGUCGGUCGGACAGAAGCUUCGAGGUUCACAUUGGCGCGCCUUGUUAUCUAUUCUCAUUCGUCUUUUUACCCCAUAUGAAUUACGAACAGGUGCACGAGGUAAACGGAUUGGUCGAGUAAGGAUACUGAUUUACAUUAUUUCACCCGCCUUCAGAGUGGCGGCUGGUUGUAUAUUUAUAAUCUAUAAUGGCUGGGAAGCCUGGGCAUACUGAAGUGGCGGACUUUGUACGAUGAUAAAUCACUUAGAACGAGGCCAUAAUAACUCUAGCAUCAUCAGAAACAAAACAGAUAUUGA